GAAAAUAUUAGGUUUGACGUACUUGGGCUCAGUGUUACACUUAAGCGUUGGGCUCAGUGUUACACUUAAGCGUUGAAUCAAGGAGGCGUGAAGGAAACAAAUCAUAGAGGUUGAAGAUGCCAUCCUACGCUUCCCCUGCUCUCCUUGUUCGUUCCAUGCGUUCUCUUUUUCGUCCUUCACAACAAGGCAUUACCAGCAGGGUUUGGUGGCCAGGGUUUGCCAAAGGGCAUCAUCGUACGGGUGUAAGAGACAAGGUCUCCAACUUCGGAUCCAUUGCUGAUGACAACAACGAAAAUAAUACAAAAACACAAUCGUUUAAUGUUCAGCCAAGAUCAGUUCCAGUUCACGUUGCACACGAGCUUCUUCAAGUUGGACAUCAGUAUUUGGAUGUCAGGACCCAUGAUGAGUUUCGUGCUGGACAUCCUUCAGGGGCCGUAAACAUUCCUUACAUGUUAAACAAUGGAGCAGAAAUGUUCAAGAAUUCUAAAUUUUUGGAGGAAGUAUCAUCGCAGUUCGGAAAAGAUGAUGAUAUUGUUGUUGGGUGCAAGAGUGGAAGAAGGUCGCUUAUGGCAGCAAGUGAUCUGCAAUCAGCUGGUUUUAAUCAUGUAACCGAUGUUGCUGGGGGAUACACUGCAUGGACCGAAAAUGGACUCCCUAUAGCAAAAUAAAUGUGCUAGCUCGGUCUCCGCACACACUAGCUGACCUAACAAUACUGAAAAUAAGGAGAAAACAAUUAUGGCAAGGAAAAGGCAUAGACAAGAGAUAAGACAAUUGUUUCCAGCUGAAACAAUAUUUGGCAGACACAAUAAGGCAGAUGCUCUAUUACAGAAAGAAAACGAGAGUUAAAUCUUUAA